AUCUAGGCUCAGUGCAACUGCAGUUCUGCGGACGUGUGUACACGGAUCUAUGCGACGCGCGCCCACGCCUCUACAGUUAUCGACGGCCGACGAACGAUACGUGAAAAGAAAAAAAAAACCAGAAAUAAUAUUUUUUUUAAGAAAACAAAAACAAGCCCUCGAAUGCAUACGUUUCUAUGUGCAAUUCCCGCUAAAACGAAACGUAGUGCGCGAGAAAGAGACGGACUUAACUCCCCGCGUCUGCUAUUUCGGUGACGUCGUCCGGUGCAUAGCGAAAUAAAAUAAUGAAAAGUGGCAUUCAGUAAUUUCGUUGUGUUUACGCGCGUUGCUAGUUUGUUUGGUUGUUGGCUAUUAGUUUUUUUUUUUUUUUUUAAUUAAUAUUUUAUUCCCGCAUCUCUUCGCGUCGGUAGCGCCAUCUACACGUGUCCUAUAUCGGCGCAUAGUACACAUGUUUUCAAGUCACGGAGCUGUCAAAACAAUAGUAAUAACCUCGCUAUCGGUAACGAUGUGCGAGAAGGCGAUGUGUUUUUGGCGCGGUGAAACUGUGGCGGGAUCGUGAGCCGGAAAAUUGAACUAGCGGUGUAUGUGUGUGUGGCUGUGUUUUUUUUUUCCAAACUUAACCUACGACAAUCUUCAGUUGCGCGCGAGCCGCCCCGCACGCGCUUUGCGCCGCAUCCGCAACGAAAAGCCGAAAAACCGCCGAAUGGACAUCGAUGCGCCGCCGAUUCCCGCCGAAUUCAAUUUGCGGACUAUCCGUGAAUGUGGACCGAACGUUGGUUAUUCAAAAGCGGCGAAAUAGACGCUUGCCGAAGACCUCGUAAAGUGCAACAACUCUUCAUUCGCUUUGCUCAAUUUUGUGAUGAUAGACGUAUAAUGUGCCUUCUACGUACAAAGUAAAUGAAUUUUUGUGAUGACAUAGUGCAAAGAUAGACUUAGUUAUUCCUAGUUUAAGUGUACAAGAGACUUGUGGGACCAAAAAGUACUUUACUGUUCUUUCUUAUGGACAAAUACUGGUCGUGUUUAACAAGAUCACCAAAUCUACAUGGUGGCCGGCACGCCUCAACAACUUGCGAACGCAGUUUAAUUCCUGCACGGUUCGCUCGUAUGCCAUGGCGGAGUGCUCUUUCGCGCGCUGUCAGCAGGAACGUCGCGCCAUUCGCAAGGAGCUGCAACGCUGGACCAAGAACAUGGUUUAUAUACUCGGUCUAGAACGGGUGGCGGAGGAGUUGAUGGGUCGAAGAAAAUGGAAACUAUAUCAGGACGCGUUAAUACCAAAACGGAGCGACGGGGAACAGUCCAGCGACGAGGAUACCACGCCUUCUACCGACCCCCCGCCCGCUCUCAAGAUAAAGACCAUCGAGGAGAUCAACGCGCCCGACGAGACCAGGGCAGGGGACGACACGAGGGCUGGGCUCGAGAGCAGGGCAGGGGACGAGACGAGAGCCCGGGAGGAGGGCGGGGUGAAGACCGGCCGACCGGAGACGAUACUGGAGAGCCUCAUAAAACGGCCCGCGACGCAGCCCAAACUCGAGCUGCCAGAAGAGCCGGCGGACUGGAAACCACCGGAGAAGUGCUACUUCUGCGUGGACGGGGCUGAGCAGCCCGCCGCCGAUACCCGACCCGCGCCUACGAGUCCAGCGUCGGAGUCGGAUAGUAGUUCAGUGUCGGGCGCUCGCAGCCCGGCAGCCGCGCCGCCGCUGCUGCAGCAAAUGCUGCAGCUCCAGCUACAAGCACAGACCCCGCAGGCGAUUGCACAGUUCCAGCAGAUGCUGGCGGCGCUAGCGGCUUUGGGCAGCGGGUUGGUGCCGCCGCCGCUGCCGCAGGCCUGGCUCAUACAGCGGCUCGCGCAGAACAGGCAACAACCAGACAGGCUGGCUGAAUGCGACAAACCGCCAGCGCCGACUUCAUCGCCAAUAUCAGCAGAACAACCACUCGACCUGAGCGCCAAGUCUACGUCCAGCACGAGUGGCACACCGCCCCCGGAUCACAACAAUUUGGACAAUUCCAGAUUAAAACGUGCGGUGUCGGAGAACGCCAACAAUGCGUCCCGGCGGACGUACUCUGAGGAGGAGCUGCAGUCGGCAUUGCGUGACAUCCAGUCGGGCCGACUGGGCACGCGCCGCGCCGCCGCCCUCUACCGGAUACCGCGCUCCACCCUGCGCAACAAGAUCAACAAGUGCGGCAUCCCCACCGACCCCACGCACGACUCCGACCCCGACAGCGAGCCCGAGCGGACCGACUCGCCGCCUUCCGUCAUACUGAAAAUACCCACCUUCCCGCCCCCGGACGAGAAGAGCCCCUCACCCGCGACUCCCGUCACCCCCAUCACCCCGCUCAUACCGCCGCCGCAGGCGCCGCUCAACCAAGCCUCGCAACUUCUUCUCCCGUCGGUCUUCGCCGACCCACCCUCCACCCAACACCUAUUUACAUCCUUGAGCGACGUCAUAGCUAAAAGUAUUAGCCAGAAAUUCCAGCAGCCUCUGGAGAGGCCAUCGCAGCCCGACCUGCCCUUCAUGCGCGCACCCGACAGACAUGUAUCGGUCAUAAAGACGCCGCCCGAUAACCAGAGGAACUACCCGGCGCCGAGCAAUUCGCGCGCCGCCACCAACAACAACGGCCAGACGGCAACCGGCGGCAAGGGCACUCGCCCCAAGCGAGGCAAAUACAGGAACUAUGACAGGGACAGCCUUGUCGAGGCGGUAAAGGCCGUGCAGCGGGGGGAGAUGUCGGUGCACCGGGCGGGCUCCUACUACGGCGUGCCUCACUCCACCCUGGAGUACAAGGUUAAGGAGCGACAUCUAAUGCGACCGCGGAAGAGGGAGCCCAAGCCGCAGCAGGAAGCAAAGCCGCAACCCAAGCCGCCGCCGAAGCCUCCCACCAAACCUUUUACGAACGGACUUAAUGGGCCAGAAGCGUACCCCUCGGGCUAUCCGUUCUGGGCGGGGGGGUUUGCUCCUCCGCCCGCGCCUGACCUCUACGCCUCACACAUGAUGCGGCGACUGCGCGACGAGGCGCCGCCCGCGAACGGCUCCUUCCUCGAGGGAAUCAUUAGAUCGAGCCUGGAAAGGCCGCUGCCAGCGAUUGGCGGAGCCGCGAGCGCCGAUGCCGACGAGCGAGGCGCCCAGCCUGUUGCGGCGGCUGGCCGGCGAGCCCGAUGAGCCGCC